CGCGGCUGGCGGCAGGCGGGCCAGGCCCAGGGCCGGCUUACGAGCGGCCGCCGCCUCUGCGUGCCCCGCGGCCGGGGCCAGGCCGUGCGGCGGCAGCGCCAGGGGAUGCUCGUGCUGGGCCGGGCCUCUCCCUCAACUUAGGGCGGCGGCGGGCCCGCGGCCGGGGCUCCCAGGCCAUGGCUCUGAGGGAGCUCAAAGUGUGCCUGCUGGGGGAUACAGGUGUAGGCAAAUCCAGUAUCGUGUGGCGGUUUGUGGAAGACAGUUUUGAUCCGAACAUCAACCCAACAAUAGGGGCAUCUUUUAUGACCAAGACUGUCCAGUACCAAAAUGAGCUACAUAAAUUCCUAAUCUGGGAUACAGCUGGACAAGAACGAUUUCGUGCCUUAGCACCAAUGUACUAUCGAGGCUCAGCUGCAGCUAUAAUCGUUUACGAUAUCACAAAAGAAGAGACAUUUUCAACAUUGAAGAACUGGGUAAAAGAGCUUCGACAGCAUGGCCCACCUAAUAUUGUAGUUGCCAUUGCAGGAAAUAAGUGUGAUCUUAUCGAUGUCAGAGAAGUCAUGGAGAGAGAUGCUAAGGACUACGCUGACUCCAUUCAUGCGAUUUUUGUAGAGACCAGCGCAAAAAAUGCGAUAAACAUAAAUGAGCUCUUUAUAGAAAUUAGUCGAAGAAUUCCAUCCACUGACGCCAACCCGCCAUCUGGCGGUAAGGGCUUCAAGCUCCGCAGACAGCCGUCAGAGCCAAAGCGAAGCUGCUGCUGAUGAGCCUCAGCCUCAGACUCGAUGGUGAAGCAGGUGGUCCUGACAGUUAGCAGGAGGGCUGGGGGCCUGCUACCAGUGUCCACUUAGCCGCUCGAGUCUUCUUCAUGCAAAAAGGACUCACAGAAAUUGGCCGGUUCUGUUCUCCCCUUGAAGACUGCAGCAAUGGUAUUUCAGUCUGUGGACGUCCAGUAUGUCAAGGAUCUGUGGUGUCCAAAGGGACCGCAUCAUUGACUUUGACCUUGCUGAAGGGAGCACAUCAUUGUAUGGAUGGUGGAAUUAAAUUGCUGAGUAGUUUUGUAAUCAGGAUUUUAUGUAACAUUUGUAAAAAGGGAAAAUUAGCACUUUCGUGGUUCUUGGGGGGGGGGCAAGAUUAUCAUUUCCUUGGUUUCCCGUUACCACUGUUGGAGGGAGUUGUAUCAUUUAAAUGUGGUAGGAUAUUGCAGGUAAAGGGACGGCAGUUACUGUUGGAAGCUGAAAUGGUUCUGUCUAGGACAGAUGGAGAUACUCCAUCUCUGCUGUCUCUGAAGCACUUUCUGUGAAGCAUGUUAGCCCCAGAUACAUACAGAAAGCCAACACCAUGGCAGUGGUUGCUGGCCCACCCUGGGUUUGCUUUUGACCCUGUCGCACAUGUAUCACUAAACACAUCACUGGCGCCACUGUGGUGGUGGUAGAGAAGCACCUGGAAUAAAUGAACUGCGUAUGUCCUAAAUASGUUAGCAGCAGUUUAAAAAACAAGGAAGAGGAGAAAGUAAUGUAAAUGCUGUCAAUUUUUUUAUUUAAUCCAAGUAUUUUGGUGGGGAAAACAAGUAUCUGUUGCUUAGCAUAUGUAAAGUUGUAGUCUGUAUUUAUGAGACCAUUGCUUAAAGACUAUAAAUUAUGUAAAUACAUUAAUAAAUUCUAAGUUUCAUGCAGCACUCCAUUUAAUCUYGCACCCAGUCUUGUGAUGCCCCCACCACUUUUCAGCCUGUCCACUGGAGACUGAGGCACAUUUAUGUUGUGCAGAGGCAUAGAUGUUUAGCUUACAGUCUUUCCAGGUUUCUGUGCUUUCCCUUCCGCCCACCCCUCUUCCCUCUACAUCCCAUCUGGAAAUGAUAAUAAAGACAUAUGCCACUUCGAUGAGCCUGACUAGUUCUUGCUGGCCUGUGGUAAAAGAGUGUGCUCUGAGCUCAAGUCAUUUACCUGGUCUUGGUAAUAAGUUUCUCUCGGCUUUCACAGUGACCUCAGACCAACUGGUUUAAGAGCACUUUUCUUGUUAACAAUCUAGCUUAUCUUUUCGUUUCCUUUAUUUUCCCCUGCCUCUGUUAGUGGUUAACACUCUUUUCCCUCAGGGAGCCUAAUGAGGUUUUUAAUAUGAUCUAAAAAUAAAGCACUGAAGUGCAGUUGGUGGAAAUGUGCUCCUGGUCUAAUUGGGCACCCUCCAACCUGAGUAUUGUGCGAGAAGGAAAUUUACAGGAUUAAAUAGGAAAUGAAACAGCUUGAAUUUCAAACUAAAUUGUGUUUUCAGAGCUAGCCUUAAACUGAACAGUCAAAACUUUUGAAAAUAAUUGUUAUUUCUUUGUGCCCCCCACUUGAUAUGGAUAGGUUUUAAUGGGAAAAUUAUAACUCGGAUUAAGUAAAAAAUGACUCCCUUUUCCCUCUUGUAUGUCUUAAGCAUUUGAAAUUGCUUUAUUCUUCUUGAAAUCAUAUAGAAAGAAUGCAGUUGGUAAAAAUUCCAACACUGUUUUGUGUGAAAUACA